CAAGAGCCACCAGUGAAAACAAAGAAGGGAGCCAACACUGACAGAGAAACGCUGCUGAUCUUCAGAGGAGAAGCUUUUGAUUUUUGUCUUUGUCUUACAGAGCACUCGUUUGCUGCAAAGGCUAUCUUUUUUUUGUCUUAUUCUACAGCAAUCUAUAGUAGAUCUCAUCAUGAGGUGCUAUACUUUAGCUGUGUGUUUAGUUUUGGGUAUAAGCAUGCAGGAAGGAUGGAGCCUUCCCCUCAAGUCCGUCUUUGUCACCUUCCCGGGAGACAUCAUCAAAAACAUGACUGAUGGGGAGCUGGCAGAAGGUUAUCUGAAGAAGUUUGGCUACAUGGACACCCUGCAGCGCAGUGGCUUCCAGUCUAUGGUGUCCACUUCUAAGGCUUUGAAGAGGAUGCAGAGGCAGAUGGGGUUGGAGGAAACCGGAGAGCUGGAUAAGUCUACCAUAGAGGCCAUGAAAAAACCUCGCUGUGGGGUUCCUGAUGUGGCCAACUACCAAACAUUUGAAGGAGAUCUCAAAUGGGACCAUAAGGAUGUCACUUAUAGGAUCCUUAACUAUUCCCCGGACAUGGACAGCGCUUUGACUGAUGACGCCUUUGCCAGAGCCUUCAAGGUGUGGAGUGAUGUGACCCCUCUUACUUUUACCCGCCUGUUUGAUGGGACGGCUGACAUCAUGAUAUCAUUUGGAAAAGCAGACCAUGGAGACCCGUAUCCAUUUGAUGGUAAGGAUGGCCUUCUGGCCCAUGCUUAUCCCCCUGGUGAGGGUGUGCAGGGAGAUGCCCACUUCGAUGACGAUGAGUACUGGACUUUGGGAACAGGACCAGUUGUGAAGACUCGCUAUGGGAAUGCGGAUGGUGCCAUGUGCCACUUCCCCUUCACUUUCGAGGGCAAAACCUACUCCAGCUGUACCACUGAUGGUCGUACCGACAACCUGCCAUGGUGUGCCACCACAGCUGACUACAGCAAAGACAAGAAAUAUGGCUUCUGCCCAAGUGAACUUCUGUACACAUUCGGAGGAAAUGCCGGUGGAGCUCCGUGUGUCUUCCCCUUCACCUUUCUGGGAGAGAAGUAUGACAGCUGUACCACAGAGGGCCGCCGCGAUGGCUACCGCUGGUGUGCCACCACAGACAACUUUGACAAGGACAUAAAAUAUGGAUUCUGUCCCAGUCGUGACACCGCUGUAAUUGGUGGAAAUUCUGAGGGAGAGCCUUGCCACUUCCCCUUUGUGUUCCUGGGUAAAACGUAUGACUCCUGCACUAGCGAGGGACGAGGAGAUGGCAAGUUGUGGUGCAGUACCACUGACAACUAUGAUGACCACAAGAAAUGGGGCUUCUGUCCUGACCAGGGUUACAGUCUGUUCCUGGUGGCAGCCCAUGAGUUUGGACAUGCCCUUGGACUGGAUCACUCCAACAUAAGAGAUGCCCUCAUGUACCCCAUGUACAGCUACGUGGAAGACUUUUCCCUGCAUGAAGAUGACAUUGAAGGCAUUCAAUAUCUCUAUGGACCCAAAACAGGCCCCGAUCCCAAACCCCCUCAACCCACCACAGUCCCCUACCCAGAUCCUGAUAUUACUGACCCCACAAAUGAUCCUAGACCCACUGAACCCACCACCACUACACCUGUUGAUCCAGCCAAUGAUGCCUGCAAGUUGACCAAAUUCGACACCAUCACUGUGAUUGAGGGAGAACUACAUUUCUUCAAGGACGGACAUUACUGGAAGAUGUCCAACAGAAAUGAUGGAAAUCAAGGACCAUUUUCAGUUUCUGAGAGGUGGCCAGCUGUGCCAGCAGUCAUUGAUUCUGCCUUUGAGGACAUUCUGACCAAGAAAAUUUACUUCUUCUCAGGGAACCGAUUCUGGGUGUACACAGGGCAGAGUGUUCUGGGACCCCGCAGCAUAGAGAAGCUUGGCCUCCCCAACACCAUUCAGAAAGUGGAGGGAGCACUGCAGAGGGGGAAAGGCAAAGUGCUGCUCUUCAGUGGGGAGAACUUCUGGAGGCUGGAUGUGAAGGCCCAGACAAUUGACAAGGGGUACCCCAGGUACACAGACAUGGUCUUUGGUGGCGUCCCCAAUGAUGCUCAUGAUGUAUUCCAGUACAAUGGUCACACAUACUUCUGCCGGGACCGCUUCUACUGGCGAAUGAAUUCCCGCAGGCAGGUGGAUCGUGUUGGCUAUGUGAAAUAUGACCUCCUCAAGUGCUCAGAUUCUUCAAACCUUCGCUACUGAAUGAACACACAUGGAUGAGCUGGAAAUCGUCUGUGAUGUGAUGGCACCCAUUUCUCUCUCCUGUGCAGGUGACAGGGAGAAUGUGAUGCAGUAUUUGUGUAUGGCACCUGUUGUAUGAUGUGUGUGCUUUCUUGGAUGUGAAUAAUUGGCCAUCAUUGAUGUUGGAUGAUUGUAAAACCUAAAAAUAAGUCAAAGGCCCAAAGGAACGCAAAGCAAGUUGGUAUCUUUGACACUGCCCUCUGUCUGAUAAUCUGUGAACUGUAGGUUAUGAUGGUUUAAACUUUAACCCAUAAGCACAUGAAAAAAAAUAUUUGCAAAAGCAAUCUGGAGUACAGUGUUCCAGGUUUUCUGUCUGACAGGUUCAGACUCCUAACAGUAUUUGAUUAUUUUGGUAUUUAUAGUAAUAGCUAAUAUUAUUUUGUUGUCCUAGAGCUUGUUUGUUUUGUAUAAUUCUAUGUGUGUAUUUCUGAAGAUGGUUCAACGUCAAUUACUUGCACUUGCAAUUACUGAAACUAUUUAUGAGAUUGAUGUGUUUUGUAUUAAAGUUUUAACUUACAAUGCAAUAAACACUCCAUGAUAACUACCUA